UUUUAUUUUAUUUCAGGUGUAUAAGGUGGUUGUAUCAAUGGAAGGAAAUACAUGGUUCAUUUUUCGAAGAUAUAAUGAAUUUAGCAAAUUACAUGAUUUGUUGAAGAAGCAAUAUCCUAAUCUACACUUGAAGUUGCCUGGUAAAAAACGUUUUGGAAAUAAUUUCAGUGCUGAUUUUAUUAAAAAUAGAAAACAAGGUUUAAAUGAUUUCGUACAAAGAUUGGUAACAGAUCCCCUUCUUUUAGAACAUCCGUAUGUUCGAGAGUUUUUAAAUGUGGAAAGAAAUUUGAAUAGAGAUACGGGAAAUGAAGAGGAUCAGUUACCAGAAUCAUCUUUUCAUGAAGAACAAGAAGAUAAGGAAGAUAAACCAAUGGAUUUGGGACCUACAGAAAAAAAACAUGCUAAACCAAGUGACUUUGAAUUUUUAAAAGUAGUUGGAAAAGGAAGUUUUGGCAAAGUUCUUUUAGCUAAACAUAAAACAGAAGGAAAUGUUUAUGCAGUGAAAGUUUUGCAAAAGAAAAUGAUCUUGAAGCGAAAUGAAAAAAAUCAUGUUAUGAGUGAGCGAAAUGUGUUGUUAAAAAAUCUUCAUCAUCCCUUUCUUGUUGGACUUCAAUAUUCUUUUCAAACACCUGACAAACUAUAUUUUGUUUUAGAUUAUGCUAAUGGUGGUGAGUUAUUUUUUCAUCUUCAAAAAGAACGUUCUUUUCCUGAACCAAGAGCAAGAUUUUACGCAGCAGAAAUGGCCAGUGCAUUAGGAUAUUUACAUUCAGAAAAUAUUAUAUAUAGAGAUUUAAAGCCAGAAAAUAUCUUAUUAGAUUAUCAAGGUCACAUUGUUUUAACUGAUUUUGGAUUAUGUAAAGAAGGGCUUGUUGGAAGAGACACAACUUCAACUUUCUGUGGAACUCCUGAGUAUUUAGCUCCAGAAGUACUUAGAAAGGAAGCUUAUGACAAAGCUGUUGAUUGGUGGUGUUUGGGUGCAGUUUUAUAUGAAAUGCUCUAUGGUUUACCUCCUUUUUACUGCAAAGAUACUAUGGAAAUGUAUAACAAUAUUCUCCACAAACCAUUGCGAUUAAGAUCUAAUUCAUCUCCUUCAGCUAGAAGCAUACUUGAAGGGUUACUUCAAAAAGAUAAAAGCAAAAGACUGGGAUCAAGAGAAGACAUUGAAGAAAUUAAGGUUCACGAGUUUUUUAGACCAAUUAAUUGGGUUGAAUUGGAAGCCAAAGCUAUUCCUCCGCCAUUUAAUCCAAACGUGCGAGAUUGUUUUGACGUCAAGAAUAUUGAUCCAGAAUUUACGAGAGAACCCGUACCACAAUCGGUUGGAAAAAGCCAGGGAAUGAGUGCAAGCGUACAAGAUGCCGAUAAUGCAUUUGUCGGUUUUUCUUAUGCCCCACCACUAGACAUGUUUUCAUGAAAUAUUAUAUUUAUAUUUGAUUGAGUGCUAUAUUUUCAUUGUAUGAUUUUUGUUACCUGUUUAAAAUAAACUAACGUGAAUUAUUUCUGAAUAGAGUAUAGCAUAAUUGAAAUAUGUUACUUUUUAAAAUUUAACAAUAGUUAUUGUAAAUUCACAUAGAGAUGUAUAUUUGAAAUCAGUUUGUUAUAAUUAUCAGUUUAUGUUACAUUGCAAAUGAUAAUUUAUAUAACAUUUCAACAA